UGACAGUUUAUCUUCCGGAGCUUGUCUAUUUAUCGUAUAUUCUUGUAGGUUGAUAGUAAAACGAGCCUUCCCCCAUGACGGGAGGGUUUUGCUCUGACGGAUGUCGGUGGUGACAGUGCAGCUCGGUCAGUGUGGUAACCAGGUGGGACAGGAGUUGUUCGACGUUAUCUGCGAUGAUGCGGAUCAAGGAAAAGGAAAAGCAUAUCGCGACGCCAGCAUUGAUCGCUUCUACAAUGAAACGACAAACCGUGAGCUUGUGGCCAGAGCAGUGCUCAUUGACAUGGAGCCCAAAGUGAUCAACAACAGCUUGACCAAAGCUACAAAGUCUGGCAGGUGGAGAUACGGAGACAAAUCCCACUUCAGCCAGAAAGAGGGUUCUGGAAAUAACUGGGCUAAUGGGUAUUGUGUUCAUGGUCCACGUCACAGAGAGUUGGUUGAGGACCUCGUGCGGCGAGAGGUGGAGUGCUGUGACAGAUUAGCUGGGAUUAUGGCCAUUAUGAGCGUGGCAGGGGGUACAGGGUCCGGGGUCGGCACCUACGUCACACAGUGUCUGCGAGAUGUCUACCCUAACUCCUUCAUCCUUAACCACCUCACCUGGCCAUAUGGCACUGGAGAGGUGAUAGUUCAGAACUACAACUGUGUCCUGACGUUGUCUCACCUCUACCAGCUGUCUGAUGUCAUCUUAGUGCAUGAGAAUGAUGUGGUGCACAGGAUCUGCAGUCAGUUGCUGAACAUCAAACACACCUCUUUCAGUGACAUCAACAGGGUCAUUGCCCACCAGCUGGGCAGUGUUCUGCAGCCUGCGCUCACUGGGGACUCCCAUGGAGUCUACAGUAGAAAUCCCCUCGGUGAGUUGGUGAGCAGCCUGGCGUGCCACCCAGAAUAUAAGCUACUGAGCAUGUGUACCAUCCCUCAGAUGGCCAGCUCCUCCAUUGCCUACAGUGCGUUUACCUGGCAGGGCUUGCUCAAACACCUCCGCCAGAUGCUCAUCUCUAACACAAAGAUGGAGGAAGGUAUAGACUGGCAGGUAACUGCCCCUCAUAUCAAUCCUAUUGCCCCUGAGAGAAGCAGGAGUCUCAGAGGAGCAGGCUUUAACACCUCGCUGGCCAAUCUGCUGAUACUGAGAGGAAAAGAUGUCUACAGCACUGAGACAGGAGGCUUCCAGGAGCCAGGCCUCUACGGUGCCUGGCUCCCGUCAGCAGAGGCCCUUGGCGUGUGGAAAUCCCCCGUGCCGUUUAACAAGUACGAGAAGUCCGCCACGCUGCUCAGCAACAGCCAGGCGCUGCUCACACCUCUGGAGAGUAUGGCGGGGAAAGCCUGGAAUAUGUUCGCCUCCAGGGCGUACAUUCAUCAGUACACCAAGUUUGGGAUCACGGAGGAAGAUUUUCUGGACAGCUUUACAUCUCUAGAGCAAGUCAUCUCCAGCUACACUCAGCUCUCCUAACGUCACCUCUGGACAUCAAAUGGAUGGGCUGUGUGUGUGUAUAUAUAUAUAUAUAUAUUUUUGGAAGUACAACUGCUAUAUUUUGGAUUAUAUUGAACAUGUAAAAUAAUUCAAAAAUGGCCUUAUAAAUCGUAUUUUGAAUUGGGUAACCAUUUAACUGACAGACCAUUCAUUACAAAGACAAACGAAUAAUUUACAAGUAAAAUAGAUGUAAUUUAACUGAUGGGUGGUAAUUGCUGAGUAAAAUAGGGGCUUUUCCAUGUCUUAUGUUUCCUAGUUUUAAUGCGCUGUUAAAUAUAAUUUACAUCAAACACUGCAUGGGAUAAAUUCACAACACAUGCCAAACGAGUAUUUUGAAUCCUUAAGAGUUGGCAGGGAUAAAUAUUAAUAUAAAUUAAUAUAAAGUCAAUAUUGAAUGUCUUGUUAUCUUUACUAUUGUUAAAUUACAUAGGAUGGUCAAUCCAUACUUUGAUAUAGAUUGUAUUUAACAGCACAUUAUGACAAUAGAAAAGCCUCCAUUUUACUCGUAUUACAUCUAUUUUACUUGUAUAUUACUUGUUUAUUUCUGUGUAAUAAAUGGCUUGUAAUUUAAAGUGUUAACCUCUAAGUGCACUUUUAAAAUGUUGCUGAGUACUGUUCAGAGUAACAAGUCACCAAGAUACAGAUGUCAGUGACAGAUUCCAAAAACUACCUAGCUGUAAGGAAAUUAAAAACGCUUAAGGGCACAGUGUUUACACUAAAUUGGUGCCCUUUCAUGAUAAAUGUCAACCCAUGAGAACCAUUUUGCCUCUUCAGAACAAAAAAAAAAAGUUACACGUGCGGUUAUAUACUGAUUUGAACAGAUUUAGUGACUCCUAUGCUUUUAACACAAUUUGUACACUUUUAAAUGUUAAACAUUACAAAGACAAGGGAAUUCUACAUUAGACACCUUUUAUGCAUUUAUUGACUAAUCAAUUUUACAAGAUGACUUGGUACAUACAGAUUCGUUCUGGCAAACAAAUCCUCAACACCCUCAUCCCCAACAUGAACUGCUUCGUGGCCUCCCUUAUCCAGAAAUGGGACUACUCGAAGGGGAACAGCCCGAUACGUGACACAGGACUCUGAACAGUGUGCUGAGAUGCCGCAGGCCCACAACUUCAGCCAGCUUACAGACUGUUGUUGCCGUGUCAUUUUAAAACAGCCAACACCAGUCUGAUAAGCUAGCUGACAGGGGGGGAGAGUAGGGUAAAAGGUGCACUCCUGACAAAAAAGGGGUAUUUGUCCUGAUCUGCAGGAUAGGUUGCAGAUGGGGCAGAUAUCAAUUCCAGACUUGACUUGUGAAAGACCGAAAGCAAGUGGAGACACGAAAGCAGAGCGGAUGCUCAGACUCCGAGUGUGGAUAAACUCAAACCAACUGGAGAGCAUUCCAAUGAUGGUGGACCCCUCCAAAAAAAGUUUCCAAUAAUAUGAAACAUCAGACUGAAAGCUCUGUUGCUUGUAAUUAAAGUUCAUUUGGGAAAGGCGAACGCUAAUGUGUAAA